AUGAAUAAUAAUAUGCAAACAAGCGAUAAAAAUGUUAUGGAAAAUGAUAAAUUAAACUUCAAAAGUGAAGCUAGUAAAUUACUCGAUUUUAAAACCACUGGUAAUUAUGGAGUAUUGGGCUUAGGAAAGGAUGCUAACUUUUCUAUUGCCAACACAAAUAUAAGAGAUGGGGAUAUACAAAUGGACUUAGAUUUUCUAGAUAUGGAAAAAGAGUUAGAUUUAUUAAAUGAUGAAAAUUAUAAAAAAAUAUUAGAAGGAAAAAAUAACAAUAUAAAUAAUGGUAGUAACAUAAAUGGAACCGCAAUAGACAUAGGAAAUUGUAGCAUCUCCAAUUUCCCGGGUGAUGAUAAUAUGAUUGAAUCUCUUUGCAUUAAUGAACUUAAAAGUGAAGAAGAUGAUCACCUAUUUAGUGAUAAAAAUUACGCAGACAAAGAUGAAUUAAUUUCGAUGUUAAGAAAAAAACUUAAAUUUAAAAUAAAAGAUUAUAAUUUAAUUAUGGAUACAUUGAUAAGAACUAAAGAAGAAUGUAGUAAAAAAACUGAUCAAAUAAAAGAAUUGCAAACAAAUAAUAAUAAAAUUGAAAAGGAAUGUUUUGAAUUAAAAAAAGAAUUAGAAAGAAAAAAUAGUCAAUCAAAUUUAAAUAUUGAAAAUCAUUCUUUUUAUAAAAAGGAAUAUGAUGAAAUAAAAUAUAAACUUGCAAUAUACGAAGAUAAAUAUAAAGAGGUUUUAAAAAAAAAUGAAUUAUUAAAUAAAGAAAUAACCAGCUUAAAAAAUGAAAAAAUAAAAUAUGAAAUCAAUAAAAAAACGGACAUAGAAAAGUUUAAAUUAGAAGAAGAAAGGUUAAGAGAUGAAAAUGAAAAACUAACAUCUAAAGGAAAUUUGUUAAUAAAUAAAUAUCUCGAAGCUGAAAAAAAAACGUAUGCCAUAGAACAAAAAUAUAAAGAGGAAAUACAAAAUUUAAAAAAUAUUCUGAAUAAGGAAGAAAUUAAUAAAAAAAAUUCUAUCCAAAAUUUUGCUAAAGUUAAAGAUAUAUUAUCACAAUCUUUGGCAAAAUCAGAAGAAAGUUACAAACAGGUAAUUCAAGCGGAAAAAGAAAGAGAUAAUUUAAAAGUACAAAAUGAGAAUUUGCAAAAUACAAUUAAUGAUUUAAAGGGAAAAAUUGACAAUUUAAAAAAUUGCAUGAAAAUAUUUGAAAAUAAAUAUAAAGAAAUCAUAAAAAAAAAUAAUAACAUGUUUGCAAUUACACAUGAAUUUAUUAAUCAAAAAAAUUGUAAAAUAAUAAUUUUACGAAAAAAUGCCGAAAUUAAAGAUAUUUUUGAAAAGUAUAAAAUUGAUAAAAAUAUAUUUCAAAGCAUUAAUGAUUUUUCAGCAUUGUAUAUUUAUGAAAUUCUUAUACAAAAUUCUUCUAAAAUUGAUGAAACUGAAAUGACUGAAUUUGAAUCAGGAACAUAUGAUAUAAGUGAAAAUGAUGAUAAAUAUAUUAAAAUAAAAAAAAAAAAAUAUAUAACAUUAAAUUAUAUGCUUAACGAAGCACAAAUUAAAAUAAUUACAUUAACAAAAACAAAAGAGCAUUAUGAAAAAUUAUAUUCCAGUAGUAAGAAUAAUUCACAUAAAGAUGAUGAAUCCAUUUAUAAAAAACAUUAUUUAUCUUCUGAUAUGACAAAUUUAUAUAAUGAAAAAGUUCAUUUUGAAAAUAAGCUAGUAGAAAAAAUUGAAUAUAUAAAAAAUUUAGAAAAUAAAUUAAAGGAAAAGGAAAGUGUUUUAGAAAAAUCUGUAGAAACAAACAUGAGAUUACGGUUAGAAAAAGACACACUUAUUAAGGUGAUAUCUGCUACUCCAGAAUUUAUAUCAAUAGCGCAUCAAAGUAAUGGAAACUAUUCUAUUCAAUCAUUUGUUGAGCAUACAGUUAUAGAAUAUGUACAAAAACAUGAACGUCAAAAAAGGGAUAAUAAUAAUAUGAUAACAUCAGCAGUGAUUGAUGAUUAUAAUCAACAAACCCCAUCAUGUAUUAGUAAUAAUUCUGGUGGUAUAAAAUUAAGUCAUCCAGAAGAAUAUAAUCAAAGAAAUAUAAUGUCAAAUUUAGUAAUAAAUAAUACACAUGAAAGAAAAAUGAAAAAAAAAGAUUUUUCUAAUACAACAUAUAAUGGAAAUGAAGAAUGUCAUACACACAGUAAUGUAGAUAAUACUAAUUAUAGCAAUAAAGAGGAUGGUUCAUAUAUUGAUGACUAUUAUUAUUCACCUUCUUCAUAUGCAAUAGAACAUAUUAUGGCAAAUUUAGAAAAAGCUAUUGUAGAAAUAGAAAAUACACAAAUAGCAUAUUUUCGAAGUAGUAAUUUGCUUACAUAUAUUGAUGAUUAUAUGCUAACUUUACAAAUAUUUAAUCGGAUAUCUGAUUAUAAUGAUGCAUAUAAAGUUGAGAAUUUACUUGAAAAUGAAGAAUAUAAUUUUAUUAUAGAUAAAACAUGUAAAAAUUUUAAUAAUAAUGAUAAUACCUUUCUUGGUUCUUAUCCAAACGAUGAUAGUAAAAUCGGAAUAAUAAUAACAGAGUUAGAAAAAUGCAAAAAGGAUUAUAGUGAUGAAGAAUUGCUUCAUUUAUUUGAAGAAAAAAAAUUAUUAGAAAAAUAUAGAAAAUUUUAUCAUGAUCAUUUUGUCAAUAUUAAUAAUAUAUUUAACAAGUUUAUAUCUUUAAACUUAUUUAAUGUUGAAACAAAACAUAAAAAUGUUUAUGAAAGAUAUUUUAAUUUAUUUAAUUUAAAUUUUAGUAACGUUGAAAUUUCAUUUGAUUUGUUAUUAAAAAGAUUUUAUAAAAUAUUAAGAUUGUCAAAAACAUAUGAAAAUUUAAUUAUAGAACGUGAGAAAAAAAUAAAAGAUAUAAAUAAUGCACAAAUAAAUUUAUAUAAUGAUAAGCAAGAAUUGCAAACAAAUAUAGAAUUAAUUAAAAAAGAAAAGGAAUAUUUAGAAAAAUUGAUUAUAAAAAAAGAAAAUAAUGUAAAAGAAAUUAAUGAAAAGUAUUUCCAAUUGGAAAAAGAAUAUAAUGAAUAUAAAAAUAAUAAUUGUAUAAUUAUGGAGCAAUAUGAAAAUAUGAAAAAUGAAAAUUACAAUUUAGAGCAGGAAUUAUCAAAAAAAGAGUUAAAAAAUAAUACUCUAAAUGAAAAAAAUUGUGAAAUCAUAAAUUUGUAUGAAAAAGAAAAAGCAUGUUUACAAACACUUUUGCAUGAAUCAAAAGAAGUUAAUUUGUAUUUGAAGGAAAAAAUGGAAACUUUGCUAAACAAUAAUGAACGUAUGAAAUAUGACUAUGAUAUUCGAUUGAAUAAUUUAAAUGCUUUAUGGAUAGAAGAAAAAGAAAAUAAUAAAAAAUCGAAUUUUAAUGUAAAUUCUUUAAAAAAAGAAAAUAACAAUUUAUUAAUCAAAAUUAAAGAAAUGCAAGCAAAAAAUCAGUUACUAAAAGUUGAACUUUCUGAGCGUAUAAAACAAUUGAAUAUGUUCAAAACUAGUAUAAAUUCACAAAAAAAUAAUAAAGAUACAUCAUCGAUAGUUGGAUACACACUGAAUAGUGUUAAUACCACUGUGAAUAACAAUGCCUCUAUUGGUGAUGAUUUAUCUGGAGGAAUUGAGAAAAAACAUAUAGCUCAUGGAAAUUAUUUAGACAGGGAUCAAAAUUGUAAUUAUUUUUUAAAUAUAGAUGUAACUGCAUGUAAAAUAGAAUAUGAAGAAAAGAUAAAAAAACUUGAAGAAAAUAUUACCGAUUUAAAUGCAGAAAUAUUAAAAUUAAAAGGAGAAAAAGAAAUAUUAUUAAUAUCAAUCGAAACUUGGAGAUGUUUUAGUGCUGAUAGUAAAGAAGAAAUUAAGCACUUAAAAAAAAUGUGUAACGAACAAAUAGAAAAACAUAAAGAGUUUAUAUUAAUAAAUAAAACAAAUGAAGAUAAAUUAAAAUUUGUAAAAAAUUUAUUAAUGUGUGAAAAAGAUAAAUAUGAAAAAGAUGUAGAUAAUAUAAAAGAAAAAUUAACAAAUGAAUUAGAAAAAGUAAGUGAUGAAUUAAAAGAAAAAACUCUUGAAAUUGAAAAAUUAAAAUUAACAAAUGAAAAACUAUUACUUAAGGCACAAAUUAUUGAUAAUGGUAAAAAUGAUGAAAUGAAUAUGAAAAAAAAAGAAGAAGAAUAUAUAGAAUUGUUAAAGAAAGAAAAAGAAAAUGUUGAAAAAAAAUUUGAAAAUACAUCCGAAAAAUAUAAUGAGCAAAUUAGUUUAAAUAAAAAACUUACUGAUGAUAUUAAUUUACUUGUUUCAACACACAAAGAACAGGUAAAAGUUUUAAAUGAACAAAUUAAUAUUUUAAAAAAAGAUAAUAAAUAUUUAUUGGAAAGUUUAGAAAAAGAAGUCGAAGUUAGUGAUAAUGUAAUGAUUAAAAACAGAUUAGAACAACUAGUAGAAAUAAAUAAAGAUCUUCAUAAAGAAAUUCAAGAAAAUUACAAUAAUACUGAAAAAAUGAAGUUCAAAAUAAUUGAAUUAAAAGAAAAUAUAAGAGUACAAAAAGAAACACACUUACAACAACAAAAAUGUAUUAUUGAACUUCGAGCAAAAUUAAUUGAUAAUAAUAUGACUAAUCAAAAAGAUGAAUAUGUUUCAAAUUUAAAAAUAAAUCUCGAAUCAUCAAGAAUGCAAUUAAAAGAUUUGUGUGAUCAACUUGAAAAGGGAAAUUUAAAUGAAAAAAAAAGUAGUAUGAAAAUUCAAAAUUUGGAAACAAAAUUAAUUAAAGAAGAAAAAGAAAGAAAAAGAUAUCAAAUGGAAUUAGCCAAUAAAAAUAGUACUGAUUUAAUUUCUUAUAAUAAAUUAAAAACACAAGUUGAAAUGAUUACAGAAGAAAAUAAAAUUUUAUUAUUACGAAAAGAAUGCUAUGAAAAAGAAAUAGAACAAUUAAAAAGGGAUUCACAAUUCUUUAAUUCAACUAAAAAUAAUGAUAUGAAUAUUAUUGAAAGGGAUGUGCUGAAAAAACAAGUAGAAGAACAUAUAGCAAAAAUAAAUGAAAAGGAUAAACAAAUUGUUAAUCUUAAUUUUGAAAUUAAAAAAUUAUAUAAUCAAUUGGAAGAAAUGAAAGAUAGUAUGAAUAGAAUAGAAUCUACAACUUCAAUAUUUGAUAGACCAAUUGAUGAAGGUUCUUCAUUGAACAUAGAUAAUUCUAAAACAUCACAAAACAAUCAAGUAUCCCUUGAAAUAUAUAAAUAUAUUAAUGAAAACAUCGAUCUAACUGCAGAGUUAGAAAAUAAAAAUGAUAUAAUUGAACAAAUGAAAGAAGAUGUUAAAAAUAAAAAUAAGGAAAUAGCCAAGCUUAAUAAAGACGUAAUAAAUUUAUCAGCAAACUAUGAUAAAUUAAAAGAGUCAAUAUAUAUGAUGGAAAAGCAUAAAACAAAUUUAAAUGAAUAUAUAAAACAAAAGGAUGAAAUUAUUAGUUUGCUACAACAAAAAGUUAACAAUAAUAAUAGUAACAAUAAUAAUAAUAAUAAUAAUAAUAAUAAUAAUAAUAAUAAUAAUAAUAAUAAUAAUAAUAAUAAUAAUAAUAAUAACCCAACGAAGUGUUGUAAUUUAGUAGAAAAUAAUAAUAGUAAUCAAAAUGUGGGUAAAGAAGAUGAUUCAAAUACACCAAUUAAAUAUAAUAUAAAUAUGAAAGAUAAUAAUUCGAAAAAAAUUGAAGAAAAGAUUAUGGGAAUGGAAGAAAUUAUGAACACGUCAUGUGAAGAGGUAAUAAAUACAUUAAAAAAAAUUCCACGAAAUAGUGUCGAAAGUGAUAAUAAUAAUUUAAGUUCAUCAGAAAGUCGAGAAUUUUCUGUGAGCUCAGAUCAUAUAACACUAAUAAAAUGUAACAUUUUGAAAAUGUUUAAACUAGGAUCUUGUUAUUUAUAUAUUAUUAAUCGAAACUUAAAAGAAAUCAAAAUUUUGAAGGAUAAAAUAAAUUACCUUGAGGAAAAUAUACAAAGUUUAAAUUUAUUUAUAAAUAAUUUAAAAGAUCAAAAUAAGAAUAAUGAAGUAAUAAAAAUAAAUAAUGAAGAGCAAAUUAUACAAUUAAAGAAUAGCCUACAAAAUAAUGAAAAUUGUAUAAGCAAUUUAAAUGAUAAUUUAAAACAAAAAGACGAAAUGAAUAAUUCAAAUAUAAAAAAUUUGAUUAAAUAUAAAAGUUUUAUUAUUAAUUUAGUGCAUCAAUCAAAUAUAUUUUUUCAUAUUUUUAAAAUUAUGAAUACACAAAAGGUUAUACAAAAUUCCAUAUAUAAUCAAUUAACUCAACUUCGAAAAGAACUAGAUUUUUAUCUGAACGAUUAUAUAAUGAUUUCAGAAUUAGAGAACAAAGAAAAAUUGAAUUUGAGUAAUAUUGAAAAUAAUUUAUUAAAUAUAGUAUCUACUUUUUCUUAUGAAAAUUAUGAACAUAUUCAAAUAUUUACAAAUAAAUUUAAUUUUAUUAUUGAAAGAGGAAAAGUUUCUAUUUUCUCUGAUGGUAAAAUUCACCCAUCUCAAAAUGACCAGACUAACAAUUUCUUUUCGAAUAUUAAUUCUUACUUCCAAAAUCAAAAUCAGUAUAAUAAUGCACUCAAUUUUAAAGAUUUAAAUGAAAAUACUAUCGAAACCCCCAAAGAUACCCAAGUUCAAACGGUUCAAAUAUAUCAAGAAACACAAAAUGAGGAAGAAAAUAUAAAAAAUGAAAAUAUAGCUACACAAGUAAAUAAUCAAAAUGAUCAAAUUGAUGCGCUCAAAAAUGAAGAGUAUAAUGAUGAUCAAAUGUAUAGCGUUGAAAAUGAUGGAACUGAAGAAGAGGAUUAUCGAGCCAACAAGGAGCAUACCGAACAUGAUGAACAUGAGGAAAAGUGCAAAGAAGAGGGGGAUAUGGAAAUAAAUGAAAAUGUAUUAAACAAUAACAAAGAAAAAGAAAACACAAAUAUAGAAUCAUAUAAUGAGUAUAACAACAAUAGAGAAGAAUAUGCAGAUGUGAUUGAUAAUGAUGAAGAAAAAGAGGGAGAAAAAUUUAGCUAUUCGAAUAAAGAAAGAAGUAAUAUAGAUAAUAACAAUUAUGAUGGAAACAAUUGUGAUGGGAAUGAGACUUUACAAAGAUAUGAAGAAAAUGUGAUAGUAGAAAAUGGGAACAAUUUUGGAGAAAAGGAAUUUUUAACUUCAAAUGUUGAGUCAAAUUUAUUUGAAAAUAAUUAUAAAAAUAAUGACGAUAAUGGAAAUAAUAUAGUAUCAGAAGUUAGCGAAGAAAAUAAACUUUUAGGCGAUGAUUCAGUUAAACAUAUAAAUUAUGAAAAUAUAACAAUUGGCAUAAAUAUAAAUACUUCGAAUCCCCAAAAUGAAGAAAAUAUAUCUCCACCUUCUUUUACUAACAAAGUCGAAAAUCACAAUAACACUUUUGUAAAUGGUGCUACUUGCUCAUAUUUGUCAGAGUGUGAAUUUAGCUCUUUUGAUAAUAAUGAUAGUUUUAAAAUGAAAGGAUCAAAAAAAAGGAAAUAUCAUUCCGACUCAGAAAUAGCUAAACAAAAUAGUAAUAAUAAAGCAGAACAUGCAAAAAAAAAAAUGAGAAAAAUGAAUAAUUCGCACAAGUUUACUAGUGGAGGUACAUCAUCUGGGAUAGCGGAAAAUCCAACUCAACAAAAUAUAAAUUUAGAUGGCAACGAUAACGAUAACGAUAACUUAGGGGGCAGUUCCCCAAAUGAAUCAUUUGAUAACUAUUAUGAUGAGGAAAAAAAAAAAUAUGAACUACUAGAAAAUAUAAGCAAACUAAAUCAAGCAUACAAUAGUAACAAUUUAGAUGCAACGAGCGAUGAAAACAAUUAUACGAAAAAAAACGAAAACAACUCUAUGAUGAAAAGUGAUAAAGAAUCUCAAAAUGAAAAUGAAGAUGCAAAAGAAAGUGACAGCUGUUAUGUCAUAUCAUCUGAUGAUGAUAGGCAAGUGAUGGAUUACGGGCAAGACGAAGAAGAAUACGAAGAAGAAUAUGAAGAAGAAUAUGAAGAAGAAUAUGAAGAAGAAUAUGAAGAGGAAAAUGAAGAAAAUGAAGAGGAAAAUGAAGAAAAUGAAGAAAAUGAAGAGGAAAAUGAAGAAAAUGAAGAAAAUGAAGAGGAAAAUGAAGAAAAUGAAGAGGAAAAUGAAGAAAAUGAAGAGGAAAAUGAAGAAAAUGAAGAGGAAAAUGAUGGCGAAGUUGACGAAACUGAGGAAGAGGAUAGGGAAAUGGACGAGGCAGAUUAUGAGCAGUUCGAUUCAAAGGGAGAAUUAAAUAGUAGCAUUUGUGAUGAGGGGGAUGAAAGUAAUUCUGAUGAUGCCGAUAAAGAUAUGAUAGAUUAUGAUGAAAUUGAUAAUAUGAAUAUAAAUGAAAAUCGAAAUGGAGAGGAUAGCGAAGCUGAAAAUGGAAAGUAUGACUGCAAUAGCAAUGGUAGCAACUGCUUAGAUGAAAAAAAUAAAAAUAAAGACCCAAUUAUUAGUAUUGCAACAUCAGAUGAUGAAAACGAUGGGGGCAAUGAAGAUCGAAAUGAGACAUUCAAUGAAUGA